CGUUAAUCCUCGCUCUCGGAAAGGAGACGCUAGGAACGCUCUUUAGGACUCUUCCUCUAUACCCUCGGACAUGGCUCGUGUGCCGCGCGGGCUCUGCAUCCUCGGUGCUGCGGCCCUCUCGUUACUCUCGACUACCCACGCAUUCUACCUGCCAGGAGCCGCCCCUCAUGACUAUCAUGAGGGAGAGAAGGUGGAGCUUUUUGUGAACGCACUGACGCCCAUGAUAGCAGGGUAUGACAAUGCAAAGCUCAAAUCCCUCAUAAAUUACGACUACUACAACCCUGCAUUCCACUUCUGCCAGCCCGAAGGGGGCCCCAAGAAGGAGCCUGAGGGGCUCGGGUCCAUUCUCUUCGGAGACCGUAUAUUCAACUCCCCGUAUGACAUCCACAUGGUGCAAAAUAGCACAACAUGCCAGGUUCUCUGUACACAGACCAUCCCUCCCGAAGAUGCCAAGUUCAUAAACGACCGCAUACGAGAAGACUAUGCCAUCAAUUGGCUCAUUGAUGGGCUUCCUGCGGCGGAGAUGAAGGAAGACAAGAAGACUGGGGAGCUAUUCUUCGAACAGGGUUUCAACCUCGGGUAUGACGAGGGCGAGUUCUCAGAGAUGCCCGCGAUACACAACCAUUACGACAUUGUUCUAAGGUAUCACACUCCGACCGCCGGAGUGUAUCGCAUUGUUGGCGUCCUUGUGUGGCCAGUGAGCCGGGGCGGUUCCCAGGAGGUACCCCCAGACGGCAUCGUCGACUGCGCACCCGCAGAUUCGCAGCCCCUAAUCCUGAGCGAGGUUCAAAACACCACAAUCACCUACACCUACCGAGUCAUGUGGAAUGAGUCUGACACGCCUUGGGCCACUCGAUGGGACAACUACCUGCAUAUAUUCGAUCCCCGCAUUCACUGGUUCAGCUUGAUAAACUCGAUCAUCGUAGUCGUGUUGCUAUGCCUCAUGGUGUCAAUGAUACUCCUCCGCACUGUGUCCCGCGACAUCUCUCGGUACAACGCGAUAGAUCUGAGCGAAGACGUGCAAGAAGACUGGGGCUGGAAGCUGGUACAUGGGGAGGUCUUCCGGGCGCCGCGAAACCCCAUGGUGCUCUCCAUUCUCGUGGGGAACGGGGCGCAGCUCUGCGCUAUGGUCGGCGUCACGCUCGUAUUUGCCUUGCUCGGUUUCCUGUCACCUUCUAAUCGAGGAUCGCUGGCGACUGUUAUGAUCGUCUGCUGGACAUUCUUCGGAGUAAUUGCCGGGUACAUAUCAAGCAGGGUGUAUACCUCUCUUGGCGGAACGAACAAGCGACGGAACUCGUUUUUCACUGCCACGAUCAUGCCAACGUUCGUGUUCGCGAUGGUUUUCCUAUUGAACCUUUUCCUUAUCGCUGCGGGCUCUUCGGGAGCGGUGCCUUUCGGCACUCUGCUUCUGAUAAUCGUCCUUUGGUUCGGUGUCUCGGCACCGCUCUCCGCGGUGGGCUCUUACUUUGGUUCAAAGCAUGGCGCGAUACAACAUCCCGUGCGUGUCAACCAAAUCCCGCGUCAGAUUCCGCCACAGCCGAAAUACCUUCGUCCAUGGGCCGCUACUAUUCUUGCGGGCAUUUUGCCCUUUGGCGCGGCGUUCAUUGAGCUCUACUUCGUACUCUCCAGUCUAUUUGCGUCGCGCGCGUACUACGCGUUCGGCUUCCUCGCCCUAACCGCUGCAGUCGUAGCGCUCACCACUGCCACGGUCACUAUCUUAUUCACCUAUUUUAUCCUCUGUGCGGAAGACUACAGGUGGCACUGGCGCGCGUUUCUCACCGGGGGAGGGAGCGCUUUCUGGCUCCUUGGCUACGGUGUCGUGUACUGGGCCCUGCGGCUGUCGCUAGACUCGUUCACGAGCGCAGUGCUGUACUUUGGGUACCUGCUGCUCCUGUGCGUGUUCGACUUCCUCAUCACUGGUACCAUUGGCUUCCUCGCGACGUAUUGGGCGGUCCGGAGGCUGUAUAGCGCUAUCCGUGUCGACUGAGCCUGGAAGCAAGGCGAGACUGCGAUUUGGGAUUCAGACAAUGAAGGCAGGUCGAGCGCAUCCUGCGUGUCGUCGUGGUUGCGUUGCUACGUCGUCCGAUCGCGGUGUCCGAGCACGCAGUUUUCCUGUCUCGACUGCAUGACAGAUAUGAACUCCUCCGCGCUAGAGAACCUCGUUGGGCUGCUGCAGGGCAGCGGUCGGUCCCUAGAUAUCAGCUACCAAUAUUACGGACAACUACUAUGUAGACAGCUCUGGACUAUCAAAAGUAUUUCGAUACCGUCCUUCCUAGUUGAGCAAUCAUGCCG